ACCGCCCGCAGCGCCGCAGUGUGUAAACCUCAGGCCUGAGGCUUGUUGCCAGCUGAAUUUGAGUUCCUUAAUCUGUUUGAACAGCCUUACCAGCUGGUAGCUAAUUCUGGCAUAAGGAUAAGGACCACAGAGUUGCAUGCUGAAUUCUGCAUCUCCUAUAGAGGAUCUGUGUGAGAAUGACCGUGUUCUUCUGUCUCUUAAACUUUGUAUCUGCAUCUCAAAGUAGCUGUAAUUUGGAGGAGACUAGUGAAUAUCCUGCUGAGUUAUGAGAAGACAUUCACCACCGUAAAACAGUCUGGAAGAAGAUUUCUCUAAGAAAAUCAAAGAGCAUAGAAUCCUUUAAUAAAACAGAAGACAUUUAGAAUUUCAUAAGCUUUUGGCUCUCCAGGUCUUAAAAAAAAAAAAAAAUGAACCGUUACACAAUCAUGAAACAACUAGGUGAUGGCACCUAUGGCAGUGUGUUGAUGGGGAAGAGCAAUGAGUCGGGAGAACUUGUGGCUAUCAAAAGAAUGAAAAGAAAGUUCUAUUCAUGGGAUGAAUGUAUGAAUUUGAGAGAAGUCAAGUCUCUGAAGAAGCUAAAUCAUGCCAAUGUAAUAAAACUGAAAGAAGUCAUACGAGAAAAUGACCACCUUUAUUUUGUAUUUGAAUACAUGAAGGAAAAUCUCUAUCAGUUAAUGAAGGACAGAAACAAGUUGUUCCCUGAGUCAGUCAUCAGAAACAUGAUGUAUCAGAUAUUACAAGGGCUAGCUUUUAUCCAUAAACACGGAUUUUUUCAUAGAGAUAUGAAACCUGAAAACCUUCUCUGUAUUGGACCAGAACUCGUGAAAAUAGCAGAUUUUGGUUUGGCUAGAGAACUAAGGUCUCAGCCACCUUAUACAGAUUAUGUUUCUACCAGGUGGUACCGUGCUCCUGAAGUUUUGCUAAGAUCAUCUAUUUAUAGCUCACCUAUUGAUAUGUGGGCAGUUGGCAGCAUAAUGGCUGAAUUGUACACGCUAAGACCUCUUUUCCCAGGCACGAGUGAAGUAGAUGAAAUCUUCAAAAUUUGCCAAGUAUUAGGGACCCCAAAGAAGAGUGACUGGCCAGAAGGAUACCACCUUGCUUCUGCCAUGAAUUUCCGUUUCCCACAAUGUGUGCCUAUAAGCCUAAAAACUCUCAUCCCAAAUGCAAGCAAUGAAGCAAUACAGCUUAUGAGUGAUAUGCUGAACUGGAAUCCAAAGAAGAGACCUACAGCAAGUCAGGCUUUGAAGUACCCUUACUUUCAAGUUGGCCAAGUUUUAGGACCUCCUCCACAGUAUCUGGAGAAGCAGACUCCUAUUAAAGCAGUUCAGCCAACAGAGCCAAAGCCAGCUUUACCUAAACUGGAAACUAUAUCCAAGCCAGAACCUCUGUCUUCACCUGAUGUACCCAACAAAACACAGCCGCAGCCCCUGUCAAAGGUUAACCACCAGCCUCUCCAGCAAAUUCAGUUGCCUCAGAAUACAGCUAACCAGCAAGUACAAAACCAGCAGCAGCCACAGGCACAACCAUUUUUUCCAACUAUCAAUAAAAACUCAUCACCAAAACAAGCAGCUAGUGGCCCUCAGAAUGGUGCAAUAGGUCCUAAAAGCUGCAGAAGACGAUGGGGUCAGACUUUGGUAAAGGCUGUGGAUAGCUGGGAUGACUUGGAUGACACUGAAUUUGGAAUGUCAUGUUCAAAGAAGCCUAGUAUUGCACUGUUAAAAGAAAAGAAAAACAAGGAAUGUCUUAUUAGUGUGCCAGAACCAAAAGCUGCAUGCUGUAUCCAGCCAGGAGGGGAAAAUAAGGUUCUGAUGAGAAAUGAUUCUGGAAGAUCAAAUACAUCAGCAAAGCAGUACUAUCUAAGGCAAUCAAGAUACCUACCUGGUGUAAACCCUAAGAGUGUUUCUUUAGUAGCAGUCAAUAAAGAAGGAUCACAUGGAACCUGGAACAACCAGUUGUUUUCUAAACCGCUGGCACAUACUGGAGGAGUGACUUUUAACAGAAAUACUACAGAUGAGAACUUAAUUAUACCUAUUGAAAAGCUAUCAUGCAAAGAAAGGUUGAAUGAAAAAUUAGAGGAUCCAAAAGGAAAUCCUGGCUUUGGAAGUGGUGCUGCUUACAACCCAUCUGGAGUAUAUAUCCCUUCCUUUCAUAAAAAAGAAGUUGGAUCAGCUGGACAACGGAUACAGUUAGCUCCUCUGGGUGCACCUGUAUCAGAUUAUUCCUGGAAAAGCAAAGCUGCUCAUGUUCAGUUACCAGGUCCUACUUUCAAUUCAGCAGCAAAAAACAUGAAUAUUUUAACUCGCCCACCAACAAUUCAGCCAGUACAUGGAAGAACAGACUGGGUGGCCAAAUAUGGAGGAAACAGAUGAGAUCUAUACAGGAUGGCAUUUUCUGUGAGCUGUGUUCAGUUCUCCUGCACUGGAAACCUGAAAUGCCUGUUGUGUUCUAUUACCUGUAUAAUACAUGCAAUACCACAUAAAAUACUGGCUAUAAAGUAGGACUUACUGAAGUAUUGUAUCACACAUUGCCAAAACUACUGAGAAGUAGAUUUCACUCGACAUUUUUCUAUAGAUGGAUCUCCUAUCCUUGUACUCUUAAAACAACUGCUAUGGUUGUUUGCGCAGUACGACAUCCACUAUUGGCAUAGGCUUGAAGUGCACAAGCAGCUAGAAGCAGGGUUAAGGCAGAGCAGCACCAGGCUUUCAGGUAUUGGGCUGAUUCCUUAUCAGAAAGAUGAAAGCACAGAUCGGGUUUGGUGAAGAAUACCAGGCUCUCAAACAAGGAUUUCAGAACUCACUUGUACCUAAGAGUUCCUUAGGGUCUGUAAUAUGCAAAUAUUCAUGAUAGCAAUGAGAACUGAACUCCUUGUAGUAGGACAUAAGCAAUCCACUAUGACUACUACUCAAGGAUGGUCUAAAGACUUGGCCCAUGUACGGCUACAGAAUGAUACAGCAAUAUUGGAAAAUAGCUAAACAAGUACUGAAUCCUAGACUUACCUCAGUGAGCUGUAGUGAAGUCUAAAAAAUUAGAUUCUACUGCUAUAAUUAACUUAUGACCACUUUUGGUCAAAGAUCUGUGGAGAUUUACAUCUGUCACAGUGAUAUUUUCAGGAGCCUGAAUCACUGCAGUCUGUCAGUCAUUUAAAGGGUGAAUUAGCCAAAAAGGCAUAAAUUAUCGGUAAAUUCCUGUUUCUGCAUGUCUUUAUUGAGUGAUCAAACUAAACUACAGAAGUUGAGUAAGCUACGUGAGGGAGGAUAUUGGGCUGUUCGUUGCUUUCUGGUUUAGAUCUUAAAGGCUGACUUGGGUCCCUGAAAACACAGACAAACUUUAAUAAUACAAUACCUCACUGUUUAUAUGCUCAUUCAGUACUUUCCCUGGCUUCUAUGUUAAGUUUUAUAGUAAUACCCCGCAAAGGACCUUGCAAUGUACAAUAAAUUGUUUUUAGGAUGUUGAUCUAGGCUACUUCUGUUAACAGCCAUGUUUAGAAUACAUGCUUUAGACUUAUUAGUUAUGUUAAACCUGCCAUUUUAAAGAGUACAUUCUUUAAAAAUGUAAAGCUGUUAAUGAUUACUUUAAGUGUUGUAAAAGAGAAAUGUAUUUGUAUGGCUUUUAUAACUGCAUAUAAAAAUUUAAAUUCCUGUUGUUGACCUAAUGUGCCAUAAUAUAUGGGUUACGUUAACUUACUGGAAGUCAGUUUAAUCUAAAACAGUUGUACCAAAAAGUCGAGUAUUUUGUUAUGAAAAUUGUACCUAAAGAAAAUGCCACUUUAAUACUGGAAGAGCUAUAUAGGGAUAGGAAUAUCUGGUUAGUAAUGCAUUAGAGACUUUAAUUCAAUUGGCCUAGGCUUAAGUAUGUGUCAUUCCCUUAGUACUAACAGAUGUCCCUAUGCUAUCUAAGUGCAUCUUAAUUUAUCUGUAUAAUAUACCUGUAACUGGCUAUGGCAAUGAAGGAUGACCCCAGACUUUUUAUAGCAGGCAUAAAUGCACUGGAUUUAUAAUUUAAAAAAAAAAAAACAAAACAACCCCCAAGAGAAAGGAAUCGCCCAUCGCUAGUACAAUAUGCCAGCAACUUAGUUAAAAUCACAGUCUGUUCCAGGAAUUAACUAAUAAUGUGGCCGU